AUGCGCUUCACUCCUGGCUUACUCUUGGCUUUGGCCUCGAGUGUCACUGCUCAGCGAUUCACCAACUCCAGUAUUCCCGCUACCGGGUCUGCUACUGAGUCUGCUACUGGCACCACCACUGAGCUCGCUCCCACCAGCUCUGCUGGUCCUCCUCAGCCUGUUGACCUCAGCAGUGCUACCCUUGGUCCUGGUGCUUCAUUCUCCAGUUUUCCCGAUGGCUCUCUUGCUAUCCUCCUGUCCGCUGGACCCAACGGUAUCGCCUCCUUCUCUGUUGGGGGUGCUUUCCCUUUCGGCAUCAUUGUCGGAGAUUUGAUCCAGAUCUUGUUCAGCAUCCUUGUUGAGCUCCUCGACAUCAACCGCAAGCGUGCUGACGGUGGUUGCACCCUUGAUGUCACUGUCGACGGUGUGAGCGUCUUCACCGAGGGUCUCGAGACCACCGGCGGCGUUGUUAGCCGUUCAUCUUCCGGUACUCCUGCUGGCGACUCCGCUCCUGUCCUUGAGUUCGUUCAGUCUUGCGGUGCCAACCCUUCUGCUCUCACUGUUGGCAAUGUCAAGGUUGCUGCCGAUGAUGGCUCCGGUGGUGGCGGCGGUAACGGCGGCGGCGGUAACGGCGGCAACACCGACACCGAGACCGGCACCGCUAUCGUCACUGAGGCUACUCUCACCAACAGCGAGGGCGAGCCUACCGCUACCGUUACCGACACCAUCAUCCCUACCGACACUGAGGUCAACACCAACUCUGAGGGCGAGACCGUUGUUCCCACCGGUACCAACACCAACUCCGAGGGCGCUACUACCAACUCUGAGGGCGAGACCAUCGUUCCCACCGGUACUGAGACUGCCACCGAUGUCAACACCAACUCUGAGGGUGCUACUACCAACUCCGAGGGCGAGACCAUCACUGCUACUGGCACUGAGACUGCUCCCACCUCCACCGCUACCUCUGCUGCCGGCUUCCCCGGUUCCAUCGACAACUUUGUUCUCUUCGGCUGUGUCGGUUCCACCAACGGUUUCCCUACUUUUGAGCUUGCCCAAUCUUCCGGUUCCAUGGACCUCGACGAGUGUGCCGGCCUCUGUGUCGGUCGCAGCUACUUUGGUGUUCACGACACUGACUGCUACUGUGGUGACGAGAUCAACGACGAUGAUACCGAGCGCGUUAACCUCGACUCUUGCGACAUUGAGUGCCCUGGCGAUGACUCCGAGUUCUGUGGUGGUGAUGCUCCUCUUGCUCGCCGCAGCCGCUUCAGCCGCCGCCAGUCUGCCAUUCCCAACACCAUCCUCCUCACUGUCUACGUCAACCUCGGCGGCCCUGAUGUUACCCUCACCGAUGUCAUCACUGCUACCGUGACCGACCAGUCCACCAUCACCACCACCUUCACAACCACCAUCGACGGUCCUUCCACCACCCAGACCCAGACCGUCACCGCUAUCUACGUGUGCUCCAACGGACACUGCUACGACUCCGACAAGGGCGGACGCAUCGUCUACAUCUUCAAGCCUUACCCCGGUGAGGACUGCGAUGGCCAGUACGUCUACAUCUCCGAGGCCUGCGAUUGCAAGGGUGGAUCUCAGUACGUUCCCAAGUACUGCACCAACGGAUCUUGCCACGGCCUCACUGUCUACAAGCCUGAGCAGUGUGAUGACUGGUACAACUACGACGUUUGCUACACUCCUGCCGACUGUGAGUCUUGCGAGCAUGGCCAGGUCAUCUACAAGCCUUGGGAGAACACCUACGGUACCCCCGACCACCCCAAGGUUCCUGAGCUUCCUGUCUGCUCUUCUUCUCACUGCCCCGACACUGAGCACGGUUCCAAGCCCGCUCCUCCUUGUUACGGUGACCACUGUGAGGGAUCUGGUUCCAAGCCCACUCCUCCUUGCUACGGUGACCACUGCGAAGAGUCUGGCUCCAAGCCUGCUCCUCCCUGCACCGGUGACCACUGCGAAGAGUCUGGCUCCAAGCCCGCUCCUCCCUGCACCGGUGACCACUGCGAAGAGUCUGGCUCCAAGCCCGCUCCUCCUUGCACUGGUGACCACUGUGAAGAGUCAGGUUCCAAGCCUGCUCCUCCUUCCGGUGGUGGCUCUUCCGACUCUGGUUCCAAGCCUGCUCCUCCUUCUGGUGGCUCUGACUCUGGAUCCAAGCCCGCUCCUCCUUCUGGUGGUUCUGACUCUGGAUACAAGCCUGCUCCUCCCUCCGGCGGUGAGUCUGACUCUGGCUCCAAAGGCUCUUCCGGUGGCGAGUCUUCUGGUGAGGCUCCUUGCUCUGGUGACCACUGCGAGCCCACCAUUGUCAGCUCCGCUGGCAAGCAGGCUGUCGGCGGUCUUGCUCUCCUUGCUGCCGUCGCUGCUGCUCUUCUCUAA